UAGAACGAUACCAAAAUGAGUGGAAGAGGAAAAGGAGGCAAAGGACUCGGUAAAGGAGGCGCUAAGCGUCACCGUAAAGUUCUCCGUGAUAACAUCCAGGGAAUCACCAAGCCCGCUAUCCGCCGUCUGGCUCGCCGCGGGGGAGUCAAGCGGAUCUCCGGUCUCAUCUACGAGGAGACCCGCGGUGUGCUCAAGGUCUUCCUGGAGAACGUCAUCCGUGACGCCGUCACCUACACCGAGCACGCCAAGAGGAAGACCGUCACCGCCAUGGACGUGGUGUACGCUCUCAAGAGGCAGGGCCGCACUCUGUACGGCUUCGGGGGUUUGGUUCAGCGGGUAUCGGUGAGUUUACUUGGCCUUGGCGGCCUUCUCGGUCUUCUUGGGCAGCAGCACCGCCUGGAUGUUGGGCAGCACUCCACCCUGGGCGAUGGUGACUCCACCCAGCAGCUUGUUGAGCUCCUCGUCGUUGCGGACGGCCAGCUGCAGGUGACGGGGGAUGAUGCGGGUCUUCUUGUUGUCGCGGGCCGCGUUCCCAGCCAGCUCCAGGAUCUCAGCGGUCAGAUACUCGAGCACAGCGGCCAGGUAGACGGGGGCUCCGGCACCGACCCGCUCUCCGUAGUUGCCUUUGCGCAGCAGCCUGUGGACACGGCCCACCGGGAACUGGAGUCCAGCUCUAGAGGAGCGGGUCUUGGCCUUUGCUCGGGCUUUUCCUCCGGUCUUUCCGCGGCCACUCAUUUUCUUGUUGCUUGUUUCUGGAAACGAGACUUGAGAAAAUGUAACAAGGAGUCGCUGAAAGCUGCUUUAUAUGUCCGCGGAGAGGAGCAGGACGAUGCUGAUCAGAGAAGCAGAAUCAUGGCCAGAACCAAGCAGACCGCCCGUAAAUCCACCGGAGGCAAAGCCCCCAGGAAGCAGCUGGCCACCAAGGCAGCCAGGAAGAGCGCUCCGGCUACCGGCGGCGUGAAGAAGCCUCACCGCUACAGGCCCGGUACCGUGGCUCUGAGAGAGAUCCGUCGCUACCAGAAGUCGACGGAGCUGCUGAUCCGCAAGCUGCCCUUCCAGCGUCUGGUCCGAGAGAUCGCUCAGGACUUCAAGACCGACCUGCGCUUCCAGAGCUCCGCCGUCAUGGCUCUGCAGGAGGCCAGCGAGGCCUACCUGGUGGGUCUGUUCGAGGACACCAACCUGUGCGCCAUCCACGCCAAGAGGGUCACCAUCAUGCCCAAAGACAUCCAGCUGGCCCGCCGCAUCCGCGGAGAGAGAGCUUAGAGGCCGCAGCUCCAACAAACACACAACGGCUCUUUUAAGAGCCACACA